AUGCUGGAAAUGAUGGCCCGAGAUCGAGUUAUCGUCAUUGAGAGCAACACUUUUUUAUGGUAUGGUCAAAACGAAAGAACCCAUAAAUUUGGAAAAUUUCCGAGAUCUUCGGUUUUUGUAAAUACUAAGUCAAUGGCUUCUAAUUUUCAUCGUGACAGUGCUGCUCUUGGUGGGAACAGUAAAAUUUCGCUGCCUAUUCGAGGUUCCUUCAUUCAUGCUGCUCAUGGUGAUGUAUUAGGCAACCAAUCUUGGGGUACACCAGAAAAAAUUGAUGAUGUCUACUUGAAGAAUCCGAUACUUGGAGAUCCAGUGAACCUCACAAUGAUGCCACUACCGAUUCCUUCCGCUACAAAUAUCAAUAAUACUGCAGAAACAAUCUUAUCUGGCAUGCCAUCGACGUCAAAAGCUAAACAUGUGGACUACGAGGAUCCUUUUGAUACUGCCGCAUUUGAUGAGAACUUCUCACCCACCAAGAUCAAGCUCCCUGAAGUUUUCACCACAGGACGAGUAGCACCAUUAGUACCAUCUACAAAUAUCAGUAUUGAAAGGCCGCGACCAUCCUCCUCUCGUUCCUCCAUCAUCUCUCCGAACACUUUCAUAAUUCCAUCUGAGAACGGUCGGCAAGAACGUGCUCAAGCACAGAUAGAGAAGGGCAUUACUACUGCAACUUCAAACAUGAUGCCAUCUACUUCAAGUUCUACGAAUGAUAUGUUUAUGUGGUCUAGUGCUCCGAAGGAGUCAGGCGUAGUUAGACUACCAUUGCCCAAAGGCCCGGCAAAUGCUUCUGGCUCAAAUGCAGAAAUAGUAACUGACCCCUUUGAGGUAUCCAAAAUAUUGAACAAUGCUGUGUUGAGGGAACGAUACAAUAACAUACUGGAAAAGAAGGCUUUGCUUGUUGCUUCUCAAUCUAACUCCUCGUUACCUUCGCUUCCUUUUUCACUUUCUGAUGGCGGUGCUGCUCGGAGAUCAGAAUCGGCUAGUGUACCAGUGUCUUUAAAUCCAUCGUCUUCUAAGAACGUCUCCUUUUCUGAGAAUACUUUGGUUCGAACGAGGCCUGAGUUCAGCACUAAGCAGCAGCCAGCCACUACGAUCAACAGUAACAAGUUGACUAGGCCACAGUCUGUUAUUGUGGAGAGCCGUGAUCAUCCGGAGGUUAACGUUAGACAGUGGACUUCUCGGGAGACCGGAGAUCUCCCUAUAGAUCGUAGUGCGUGCAACGGUUCAGUGCUGAAUGCAAACUCAGAAUUGCUCAAUCGCACAACCAUGUCAAGCUCUGCUCUUGAUGAUGUUCGAAAGAAGAGAGUGGAAAAUGUUAUCUCGAGUGUGCUUCCCAAGCCUAGUCCUCUGUUUUUUGGGAAUCCUUCUGCUGGCAGUGGACUGCAAAUGCGUAGUGCUGAAACAAUCUCUCAAACUCCGAUUCGCAGUGGUUUUACAAAUUCUGCUCGUCCUUCUCAAAAUGUAUUGAAUCUGGAUGGUGUUUUGGAGCCAAUACGCUUGCCAACCAGCAUUUCUAUUUCUCAAACUUCUUCUUCGUCUUCCGGAUCGCAACCACUUCUGCGGCAUACACAGCAGGUAGCAUAG